CCUUGGCACAGACGGAAGUGACGCCUGCCAGUAUUUCUCUGACGUGUCUCGGUUGGUUUCGGUGUGUUUUGUGGGGACAACAUGUUGGACUUCUUCACCAUCUUCAGUAAAGGCGGCAUCGUGUUGUGGUGCUUCCAGGGGGUGAAAGGAUCCUUCACCGGGCCUGUCAAUGCCCUGAUCCGCUCUGUCAUUCUGCAGGAGCGAGGCGGCAACACCUCCUUCACCCAUGACUCCCUCACCCUCAAGUACAAGCUGGAUAAUCAGUUUGAGUUGGUGUUUGUGGUUGGGUACCAGAAGAUUUUAACGCUGACCUAUGUAGACAAGUUAAUAGAUGACGUCCAUAAAGAGUUCCGGGACAAAUAUCGUAAUCAGAUUCAGCAGAACGGGGCGCUGGGGCUGCUAAACGGCUCCUUUGAUUUUGAAGAUGAUUUCAGUUUUCUCCACAGGGCAGCUGAGGGGAGCAGGAAAGCUCGCCCCACUGCCGCCAUGAAGACGUUCGAACAGUCAGAGAAAUCGAAGAAGACGGUGAAGUCCAUGAUUGAGAAGCCGGGGGACAAGACCAAGGAGAACAACAAAAAAAACAAGGCUUCCAGGAAGGAGAAUACAGCACCAGAAGUCAUCUCUCCACCUAAUAAAGGAGGUAAAGCCAGUACCCCGCAAGUCCCUGCGGAGAAGGAGGAACUGACCUCGGAUGAAGCCAUGCAGCGGAAGCGAGAGGCGUUCUUUAAGAAGAUGAUGAAAGGGGGAGAUAAAGCCAGCAAAUCCCCAAAGCCUGAGUCUCAAAAAGAAAAGGAAAAGGGGAAGAAGCCCCGAGUGUGGGUAGGUGGGCAUGUGAAUGCCAAAGAAUUAGAUUUCAGCAAACCCUCCAUCAAUGGCAACACCGAGGAGCUGGUGGUCCUGGAUGAAGACCUGUUGGCUCUGAGGUCAGGCCGGAUGGUGGGGAACCUCCCAGAUGUGGAGUGCGAAAGCAGUGAGGAGGAGGAAGAAGAGGAGGAGGAAGAAGAAGAAGAGGAGGACGUUCCUGCCGUUAGAACCAGCACUACAGCUCCAGCCAAGCCCAGCACCAAGAAGAGCAGCUUUGGUGGAAUGUUUGGGAUGCUGAAAGGCCUGGUGGGGGCCAAGAGCCUGAGUCUGGAUGACAUGGAGCCUGUUCUGGAGAAGAUGAAGGAUCAUCUCAUAGCCAAGAAUGUGGCGGCCGAUAUCGCGUUGCGGCUCUGCGACUCGGUGGCGAAGAGACUGGAAGGAAAAGUGAUGGGAACUUUCUCCACUGUGACCUCGGCUGUCAAGCAGGCCUUGCAGGAGUCCCUGGUGCAGAUCUUGCAGCCAAAGCGACGCGUGGACGUCCUGCGCGACGUGAUGGAGUCCCAGCGCCUGCGCCGCCCUUACGUCAUCACUUUCUGCGGGGUGAACGGAGUGGGGAAAUCCACCAACCUGGCCAAAAUCUCCUUCUGGCUGAUUGAGAACGGUUUUAGCGUGCUCAUAGCAGCUUGUGACACAUUCCGAGCCGGGGCGGUGGAGCAACUGCGCACACACACCAGACGCCUUAAUUCUUUGCACCCUCCCGAGGAGCACAGCGGGCGCACCAUGGUGCAGCUCUACGAGAAGGGAUACGGCAAAGACGCGGCCGGCAUCGCCAUGGAGUCCAUAUCUUACGCUCGGAAUCAGAGCUUCGACGUGGUGCUGGUGGACACAGCGGGCCGCAUGCAGGACAAUGCACCUCUGAUGACUGCGCUGGCCAAGCUGAUCGCUGUCAAUAUGCCCGACCUCGUGCUGUUCGUGGGAGAAUGGGGGGCUUGUAGUGACAUCACGGUAAAAUUCAACAAGGCAUUGGCUGACCACUCUAUGACCGAGAAGCCGCGGCUCAUCGAUGGCAUCGUGCUCACCAAAUUCGACACCAUUGACGAUAAGGUGGGAGCCGCCAUCUCUAUGACGUACAUCACGGGGCAGCCCAUUGUGUUUGUGGGCACCGGGCAGACUUACUGCGACCUGCGCAGCCUGAACGCCAAGGCCGUGGUGGCUGCGCUGAUGAAGGCCUAACGGCUUCUCCUGCAGAGAAUCUCGCCAUUAGAGUGUUAAGAAUUCCUUGGCCCCUCCUCCCCGCAGCGCUGCCAUGUUAACGGUAAAGCGAGAAAUCUUUCUGUCUCUGCUGAGCGACUCCCCUCCAUCCGCCUGAACUGUGAGAGCAGUUCCUAGAAGCUGUCAUGCAAGGACAUGCAAACGUGCAUC